UAUGGAAAACUGUAAACAAUAACGAGGAUAGGUUGGCCCUACAAACUGAUUUAGAUAAAUUAGCUGAGUGGUCAAGCCUAUGGAGUUUGGAAAUGAAUGCUAGGAAAAGCGCGGUAAUGCACUUAGGUCAGAAGUCUUAUACGUCGUACUCCCUAGGGGAUGCAGAACUACCUGAUGUUAACGAACAGAAGGACCUAGGAAUCAUUGUCAGCAACGAUUUGAAAACAACUGCAAAUUGCAAUGCAGCCGCAGCUAAAGCUUUUCGAAUGCUAUGGGCAAUUCGAAGGGCUUUCAAACGAUUAGACGAGGGCAUGUUCCAAAUACUCUACGCAACAUAUGUCAGGCCUCAUCUAGAAUACUGCAUACAAGCGACGAGUCCAUGCUUCAAAAAGGAGGCACAUAUUCUGGAAAGAGUACAGAGAGUAGGAACAAAAUUAGUUAGUGGUAUCUCACACCUUCCUUAUGAUAAGAGGAUGGAGCAUUUAAAUCUCUUCCCGUUAUCAUACCGAAGGAAGAGAGGCGACUUAAUUUUAGCAUACCGUAUACUUAAGGGUGAUUUAGGAACUGACCUUUCUAACCUUUUCUCCCCUUCUAGGAUACAUUUACGGGGUCACCGCAAAAAGGUGCUCAAACCAAGGACGAUUAAAAUACGUGCAGAAUUUAGAUUCUCUCACAGAGUGGUCAACGAUUGGAACUCCUUACCUGAUUCAGUAGUAUCAGCUCCAUCGGUGAACGCUUUCAAAGAGAAGUUAGAUCUCUGCAGAGAUAUACUUUGCAAGGAUUAACACAGGCCACAAGAGCCUUCUAUCCUUAUCAUCUGAAUCUGAAUCUGAAUC